AUGAAGAAAUUUUUGAAAACUUUGAGUGAUAUACCUGAGGUUGUUGAGGGGUUCAACCAGGUGCUUGAGAAAUUAAAUUCUGAGCUUCCUCAGAUGUUCCAGAAAUAUAACAGGGCUGUGAAAUUCAUGGAGAAAAAAUCCACAAUUAUGUCUGUUUGGGUGGGUGCUGCGACUACCGUUUUGUCUUUUGCUGUGACUGCGGGUUCUUGUUAUAGCAUGGCAAGAGCGAUGGCUGCAAGUGAGAAGAGAGGUGCGGCUGCGGCAGAGGCAGAGAGAGGUGCGGCGGCGGCAAGGAGAGCAGGUGGAGCAGCCCCUGCUGCUCCAGGACUGCUCGGGCUCCUGAGAGCUGGAACGCCUGCGACUGCGGCCGUGGCAGCGGCAGCGGCAGCGGCAGUGAUAGCGAGAGCAACGGAGGAAGCGGCGGCGGAGGCGGCGGCGGCGGCGGCAGAGGCAGAGGGAGCGGCGGCGGAGGCGGAGACAGAGGGAGCGGCGGCGCCGGAGACAGAGGGAGCGGCUGGUGCUUCUGCAUCUAUCUAG